ACGACCACACACCCCAUGGAGGCGUCGCUCACCGCGGCCGCCGCCGCUGCCGCCUCGUCGCCUCCGCCGCAAAUCCGCAUCCGAAUCACCAAACCAAGCCCACUCCUGCCCCCUUGGCGGCGCCAAUUCGGGCCCUCCAAGAUCCGGACCGCCAGCUUCCGGCGGCACCUGGCUGCGGCCUCCGCAUCCACGCCGCCGACGCCGGGAGGCGGCCUGUACUCUGCGGCCACCUACGAGCUGACGGCGGAUAACGUCGACCAGGUCCUCGACGACGUCCGCCCCUACCUCGUAGCCGACGGCGGCGACGUCGCCGUCGUGUCCGUCGAGGACGGCGUCGUCUCCCUCAGGCUCGAAGGGGCGUGCAGCAGCUGCCCCAGCUCGACGACGACGAUGAACAUGGGCAUCGAGCGCGUGCUCAAGGAGAAGUUCGGUGACGCCAUCAAGGACAUCCGCCAGGUGUUCGACGGGGAUCAGCCGCCGGCAGAGACAACGCCUGAGGCGGUGAACCGGCACCUGGACAUACUGCGUCCGGCGAUCGCGAACUACGGCGGGAGCGUGGAGGUGCUCGCCGUGGACGGCGAGGACUGCAUGGUUAAAUACGAUGGCCCGGAGUCCAUCGGGAGCGGGGUCAAGGCGGCCAUCAAGGAGAAGUUCCCCGACAUCACAAAUGUGGUGUUCACGCAGUGAUCCACAGGUAGCCUCGUAGGCUUGGUUCCAUUCGUCGGUAGUGCCCACAAUGACGACAUCUAUGAAAAUGCAGCCAGAUUUUGAUGGGAAUAUUGGAUGUUCAUGUAUCAUCUACUAGACAAGAUGUUUCGAUGCUUUGUUUGGGUAGAAAAAAAUGCAGCUCGCUCAAACAAUAUAGUACUGUACAAUGAAAAUUGAAAUGGAAUGAUAUUGGCCUUUUGGUCACCUGUUUCUGGA